UCACCUGGGGAGGCCGACAAGUGCGGACACAUUGGCCGCCGCAGCGCUCGGCGAGGCGCGCACGGCCCCAGGCGGCUGCGCCCAGUGGAGGCAGCGCCCGCCCGCCCGCCCGCCCGCCGCGCUCCGCCUCGGGCACCGGCCGGCGCUCGUGGGGACCCGCGGUCACUCAGCCCCGCUCCGAGGCUGCGGCCCCCGGCCCAGGUCACUCCCCCAGGCGCACGCGGCGGCGGCGGCCCGGGCUCACCAUGGUGGCAGCGCGCGCCGAGUGCCCGCGCGUCGCCGGCCGCCGGAGCCGCAGCGCCGGCUGAGAGCUGUCCACCGAAGCCCCCCGCUCCUGCUCGCUCCUCGCCCGGCCCGCGCGUCCCCUCCGGCCGCCGCUGUCUAUGGCGCAGCCCCCCUCCCUGGAUCAUGCACAGAAACUUUCGCAAGUGGAUUUUCUACGUGUUUCUCUGCUUUGGCGUUCUCUACGUGAAGCUGGGGGCGCUGUCGUCCGUCGUGGCCCUGGGAGCCAACAUCAUCUGCAACAAGAUCCCCGGCUUGGCCCCGCGGCAGCGCGCCAUCUGCCAGAGCCGGCCCGAUGCCAUCAUCGUGAUCGGAGAGGGGGCGCAGAUGGGCAUCAACGAGUGCCAGUACCAGUUUCGCUUCGGACGCUGGAACUGCUCUGCCCUCGGCGAGAAGACCGUCUUCGGGCAAGAGCUCCGAGGAGCCGUGAGGCCGCCUUCACCUACGCCAUCACCGCGGCGGGCGUGGCCCACGCCGUCACCGCCGCCUGCAGCCAGGGCAACCUGAGCAACUGCGGGUGCGACCGCGAGAAGCAGGGCUACUACAACCAGGCCGAGGGCUGGAAGUGGGGCGGCUGCUCCGCCGACGUGCGCUACGGCAUCGACUUCUCCCGGCGCUUCGUCGACGCCCGCGAGAUCAAGAAGAACGCCAGGCGCCUCAUGAACCUGCACAACAACGAGGCGGGCAGGAAGGUCCUGGAGGAGCGCAUGAAGCUGGAGUGCAAGUGCCACGGCGUGUCGGGCUCGUGCACCACCAAGACGUGCUGGACCACGCUGCCCAAGUUCCGCGAGGUGGGCCACCUGCUCAAGGAGAAGUACAACGUGGCGGUGCAGGUGGAGGUGGUGCGCGCCAGCCGCCUGCGGCAGCCCACCUUCCUGCGCAUCAAGCAGCUGCGCAGCUACCAGAAGCCCAUGGAGACGGACCUGGUGUACAUUGAGAAGUCGCCCAACUACUGCGAGGAGGACGCAGCCACGGGCAGCGUGGGCACGCAGGGCCGCCUGUGCAACCGCACCUCGCCCGGCGCCGACGGCUGCGACACCAUGUGCUGCGGCCGCGGCUACAACACCCACCAGUACACCAAGGUCUGGCAGUGCAACUGCAAGUUCCACUGGUGCUGCUUCGUCAAGUGCAACACGUGCAGCGAGCGCACCGAGGUCUUCACCUGCAAGUGAGCGGCUCCUCCCCGCCCGCGGCCCCGCCCACCCCGCCCCGCGGCUCUUUGCACAUCUGCUCCUGGCCCGGCUGGGGCAGAGGUGGGUGGAGAAGGUGGGAGCUCCCAGCCCGAGAGAGCUCCCACGGGCCGAUCAUCCUCUCCUUGCCCCCACCAGGGGCGCCCUCCUGCCAUUCCUGUCCCUUCCCGUGGCAGAACAGUGCCCAUCACCUGGCCCAGAGGGCAAGGCCAAUGGCAUGAGUGUCCCUGACGCGGCCCAGUGAACUCCUCUUCUUUUCUCCGGGAUAGUGAACCUUAAGGGCACACACAUAUUCUGGAAAGCAAAGCGACAAGACUCUGAGUGUCCUCCUCCCCCGCCUGGUGGUAUGGACACGGAAAGACUUUGUCCCAGGCCGCAUCCGUCACUGGGCUCUGGGGCAGUCUGGGCAGAUGUUGACAAAAAUUAUUUAUGUUUUCUUAGUAUCAGAAGAGGAUUUUAGCACUAAGGCAUAGCCGGUCCUAACUCUGUACUCUGUGUUAGCUCAUCCCCUCGCUGCCCUCUGCUUCCUCUUCUGGCCCCUGGGUACCCGCGGGAGCAUCCCUGUGUAUGGCCCUGUCCCCGGGGAGGUGGCGGUGCAUGUGGUCCCCAUGUGAGCUGGGCAGGGGCUUGGUGACUGACACGGCCAAGAUGGGCUCUGAGGAGAGCCAUGGACAGGGACCUCUGGCCCUUUCUUUCCUUCUUUUGAAAAU